GGAAGUUGAGCAUAACGAGAGGCACGUGACCGGAUCCUCUUACCUCCGUGCCGCUCCCGUUACGCAGAACAGAAAUCUCCCGGCCGCCAUCUUGGUGUUCCUUAUAGCGAAUUGAGCUCUCCUUUCAUUGGAUUCCAAAGUGCUUCGCUGCCUACGCAAGAUCGCUUAUGAUUGGGUGUUACCCCUCUCCAUAGUUAUACGUCAUCAGCUGACCACGGAAGGGUGGAAAGCUCUCAAAACAUCACAAGAUCUAAAGCUGCUGGAGGCGGUGAGAGUUCGCUGUGUACUGGAAGGAUGUCGUGUGCCAUCAUGUGUCCAGGAUUACUGACCGUUCUGCUGACAGUCUUUCUUUUACCCAGUUCAGUUCCAGAGCCCCUUAAAUACAAGGACUGUGGUAGCCAAAGUGGAAAACUAGUCACUCUUGAUGUGUCUCCUUGCCCAGAAGAGCCAUGCCCCCUGGUUCGAGGCAGCACAUACACCGUUAAUGCAACAUUUGUAAGCAAUGUAAACAGUAAGAGUGCUUCUGCUGUAGUACAUGGAAUCAUAGCGGGUAUUGCUGUCCCCUUCCCGAUCUCAGAACCAGAUGGCUGUAAAAGUGGUAUAUCCUGCCCGAUCAACAGUGGGCAGACUUAUACCUACGUCACCAAGUUGCCUAUCAAGAGCGAGUAUCCUUGUAUCAAGCUUGUAGUAAAGUGGCAACUUCAGGAUGAAAAUAACAAGGAUCUUUUCUGCUGGCUUAUCCCUGUUCAUAUUGCUGCUGUUUGAUUGGGGACUUGACACCGACCAUACUUCUGCUAAUCCUAUAGACACACACAAACCUCAAUUAACAUUGAUACAAGACUUUCUUCUUCUGUUCUGACUGCUGUGCAGUUAUAACCAUACUGAUUUUACAAUAAUAAAGAAUGAAUGAGAGCUCCCCCUUGCUUUUUUGUUUUUUAAUAAAAAAAAAACUUCCAUCCUUUUCAUGUUUGCUAACAUUUUGCAAAGGAAUUCUGUUUCUCUGGAAGCAAAUAAAACUUUGUCUUUAAGA